CCGGUCGCCUGCAUCUAUGCGUUCGGUCCCAUCAACCCUCGACCGCCAGCCUUGGAGAGCGUGCAGCAGGUAUCCCAAUUCCCGUGAGUCAAGCUGGCUGGCCCGUCUACUUAGGUGCGCCACCCCAGCGCGACGCACAAUAAUAAUAAACAGAUAAACAGAGACUCACGCGGAGGUUUUUGCCGGAGCUUCGCCGCCGUCCAGGCCUAGUCCUCCCGAUUGGAUCUUCACGGCACCCCGCACAGUCAACCUCUACGCCCGCUUUGGGGCGCGCUCUCGAGCGAUAUCGGUGCUGGAUCCUGAGCUGCCACGGCUGUUUGACCUCAGCAGGAUGCUCUCCAUGUCCCCGACGACUCCGGGGACCCAGAGCACACAGCAGCUGUCCUACAUCGCGAGUCCCACGAGCGCGCGCUCCAACGUCUUCAAGCGCCCCGCCUCGAGCGACGACGAGGCAGAGAACGGCGAGAAUGGUCGCCAGGCGCAGUCGCGGCGCACUGCCGUCGUGAAGAGGGCGUGCAAUGAGUGCCGGCAACAGAAAUUGAAGUGUAAUGUGCAACAAGAGCCCUUCAAGGCCUGCGACCGAUGCGUCAAACAGCGUCUCAGAUGUGUCAUCGAGCCCAACUUCAAGCGCGUGGGGAAGCGGAACCGCAAUGCCGAAAUGGAGAAGGAGAUGGAGCAGCUGCGGGAGCGCCUGGCCAUGUAUGAAGGUAGAGGGGCAUUACUGCCGCAGCAGGCUUCUACCGCUAGCAACGGAGGAAAUGGCUAUGGCCAGACGUCCGACGAGAGAGACGCGAAGGACGCCUAUUUACAGAGCCAGCACCAGCAGGUUGCAACAUCGCUGUUGGAUCUCCGCAGCGGCUCGCCCAUGUUCGUUUCCCUGGGCACUGAGCCCAACGACGUCAAGAUUACUCCCGCACAGGCAACCGACCUCUUCGACGAAUUCUUCACUCAUUACCAUCCUUUCCUGCCAUUCCUCGAACCGACGCGAUCUCCGGACGAUGUCUACUCCAAGGACUCCAAACUGCUAUUCUGGGCCAUCAUUAGCGUUGCGGCCCGCCACUAUCAGGGCGACACCAGUCUCCUGAAGCGCCUCAAGGAGCCCUUGACUGACGAGAUAUGGCGGACAAUCAAGACGCAGCCCAAUCACCAUGUCGUGAAGGCACUUUGUCUUCUUUGCACUUGGCCCCUACCCGCAAGGACGACUGUCAGCGAUCCUACGUUUAUGCUUUGCGGAGUCAUGAUGCAGAUUGCCAUGCAGAUUGGCUUGCACCAACCCACACAUCCGCAGGACUUUUCGAGGACGAAAGUACAAUUGGAGAAGGAAGAUAUCAACGAUCGUCUACGGACAUGGGCUGUAUGCAACAUCGUCGCUCAGACUGUGUCCACAGGCUAUGGGCAACCAUCCAUCACGCUAUAUGAUUCGACCCUGGAAUUCAGAAGCGAUGAUGAAAAUCAUAUGAAGAUCAUGUCCCCCACCCUAUUUGUACGGCUGCGCCAGGAGAUGGCUGCUAGUCGCAUCAAUAAACUGCUCUAUGCGUCGACGAGUCGAAAGUUUGCCGACGGCGCGGCUACGACAUACAUGCAUCUUGAGAAUGAUCGCAUGAAGGAAGAGCGAGAGAACCUGGAUGGCGUUGACAAGGGCACGGAAGAACUGCAUCACCGGGCAGUUUCCCUUCAUCUCCACCUUUACUCCUUCUUCAAUUCCGAGCCCCGCCUGGAAAGGCGAGACGAUUUGCUCGAUCUCUACUAUGCCGCCACAGGCUUCCUACAAUGUGUCUUCGAGCUGCAAGCCGAAGACAAGUUGAAAUAUGUCCCCUUCUACAUCAUGCAGAUGUCCUUGGCCGCCGGCUUUGCCCUGCUCAAACUCCUAAACUCGGAAUUUUCCGCUCGGCUGCCGUUCGACCAGGGUCGUAACUUUGUGCUCAAGACGAUCGAUGCGAUGAGGAAAUCCAAGGUCAUGCCGAACGAUCUAUUGGACCGGCUCGCGGAAGUGUUGGCGCAGCUGUGGAAAGAGAGCUCCCGCGGCCGAAGCAGUCUACACAGCAUGUCACAAUCCCCUGUCGUCGGCAAUUCGAACAUCUCCAUGUUUAAUAUGAACCCGCAGUCCGAGCGACGAGAAAGCAACGGCAUGCUGGAAGAUCCACUCGGCCUCAUCAUCCGGAGUCGCAUGAGCAUGAGCGUUGUAUUCGACUGUGUAUGGCGCUGGCGCGAAUCGCAGGUCAGCGGUGCUGCCGAACAGCUCGAUGCCAAAGUCGUUAAUAAUCCUACCAACGCUGACAGUUCGGGCAACGAGACGCCGCCUCCGGAUUCGCUUGCAGCUGAGAACUCGGUUCAUACACUAUCCCAGUUCAACCCGCACCUCAACACGCUCAGCAUGCCGUUACAGCUGCCGAAUGGUCUGAUGAGUGCCAACAGCUUCGAGAUUUUCGAUCCGGUUAGCUGGAUGUUGGAAUCGCAGACUGAGUGGGGCGGUUUUGGAGGGACAUUUGGGCAGGAGUUUGGUGCUUGAUUGCCGUUCGUCGAUCUCUUUAUGCAGAUCAGGAGACCCUUUUCGACUCCGACCGAACAUCGAUCACUGGCCCAAUUCUUUCCUUUCUACCGCACAGAACUGAGGAUCUGUAGCCUCCAAUCACGCAACUAUACCCCUCGGGCACAAUAACUGUGAUUAUGGGUUCCAUCUAGUAUUCAUUCGGCGCCUCGGGGUCUGAGGGCGGCGGUCUGGUUUUGGUUUUGGUCGUUUUGGCAUAUCCGUGUUGCACUUGCUUUGGCUGUUUGACGUACCGGUCUAUUGCUCUCAUUGAUAGGAAACUAUCAUAUCCGUGAAUUGUGUGCAUGCUUCGCAUGUGUACGGUACUGGUAUUAUGUUUGAGACCUUUUGGUUCCAGAGGAUAUAUUGGUUUAUCUCACAACUAGAAUUGACUCAAAUCUAAUAGAGUAAUCCA